AUGAGCACCAACAACCACCAGGAGGUGGUCACGACUCCUCCUCCCGCCUCAGGCUCCAAGGAGCGCUACUUUGACCGCAUUGAUGUCAAUGACCCAGAGUACAUCAGGGCCAGGAACAUGUCUCCAGACCUACGGCAAGACUUCAACAUCUUAGAACAGAAGAAACGUGUGACACAGAUACUGCAAAGCCCUGCGUUCAAAGAGGAGCUGGAGAGUCUGAUCACGGAGCAGCAGAGGAAAGGCAGUGUCCCCUCGGGGCUGUUGGCGCUGAGGCAGAUCGCAGACUUCUUCAUGACCAGUUCUGUGGCCGGGUUCAGCACAUCCCCUCUCAGUCUGGGAAUGGUGACACCCAUCAACGACUUGUAUGGCGUGGACUUGUCUGCGAUGGUGAAGGGGGAGAAGCAGCUGCGGUGUAAACUGGCCAGUGUCUACAGACUGGUGGACCUGUUCAGCUGGGCACACCUCGCCAACUCCUACAUCACAGCUCGUGUCAGCAAAGAGCAGGACCACAUUCUCAUCAUGCCUCGAGGGCUUUCCUUUGCUGAAGCUUCUGCAUCAAAUCUGGUCAAAGUAAACAUUAUUGGCAACGUGAUCGAACAGGGGUCCACAAACUUAAGGAUCGACCCAUGCGGCUUCAGCCCACACGCCGCCAUCUACGCCAUGAGGCCGGACAUCCGCUGUGUGGUGCACGUACACAGUCCUGCCACUGCCGCCGUGUCGUCAAUGAAGUGUGGGCUGCUGCCUAUUUCCCAAGAGUCUUUGAUCCUGGGGGACAUUGCCUACUACAACUACAACGGCAGCAUCGAUGAGCAGGAGGAACGCAUAGAGCUUCAGAAAGCCCUGGGGCCAACAACCAAGGUGCUGGUUCUGAGAAAUCAUGGAGUCCUGUCUCUGGGAGAGACUGUCGAAGAGGCCUUUGCAAACAUGUACAAUGCUCAGUUCGCCUGUGAAAUCCAGGUUAAGGCGAUUUCAUGUGCUGGAAGCGUUGACAACCUAAUAGUGCUGGACCAAGAGUCAUACAAGUCUCGUGUCCAUGAUGUGGGGACUGCUGCUGAUGUCAACCAUGGCGCCACCUACAGGUGGAAGACUGGAGAGCUGGAGUUUGAGUCACUCAUGAGGAUGCUGGACAACAUGGGUUACAGGACCGGUUACACCUAUCGACAGCCCAUUCUCCGGGAAAAGCCCAGGCACAAGAGUGAAGUGGAGAUCCCCGCCACAGUCACGUCUUUCAUUUUCGAGGAGGACGGAGACAUUGCCACCAGACUUCCCUUUAAGUUCCUUCAGCAGCGGCAACAACGAGAGAAAACGCGCUGGCUCAACUCUCCAAACAGUUACACUAAAGUCAAUUUGGAGAACAAUGAGGACCGCUACAACCCCAGGACGACCACGUGGAUGAAGGCGGACGAGAUGGGCACACCAAUCAGAAUCGAAGACCCCAAUCAGUUUGUACCACUCAACACAGACCCCAGCGAAGUGCUCGAGAAGAGGAACAAAAUCCGGGAGCAGAACAGAUAUGACAUGAAGACGUCUGGACCUCGCUCUCAGCAUCUCGCUGGAAUCCCAGUGGACCCCCCACGCAAGGGCCCAGUGCAGAUCAAUGUCCUGCCGUACGUACCCACAGAGGAGGACCAGAUGGCGCCCCAGCCUCCAAACCCUUUCAGUGAACUGUCGCAGAGAGAAGUGGAAGAGUACCACAAGAAUGUGGAGAGGAGACAACUAGGCCUCAGCGAUGGCGAGCACGAGCUAACCUCCGACGACGGCUCCACUCUGUCUCAGUCUCUGUCUGUAACCCAGUCUGCUCAAAGCACGCCUGCGAAAGAAGACAACCACACGAACCUGAUGAACGGCAAGGACAACCACAGUCUGGACGAGGAGCUGUCAAAGCGCGUGAGCCAGCUGACCACCAGUGUGGAGAGCGUGGAGAUCCUGGUGCGUCCCGGAGACAAGAUCGAGGAGCUGCUGUCCCAGGAGAGCUCCCCCUCCAAGUCGCCCAACACCAAGAAGAAGAAGAAGUUCCGCACGCCGUCCUUCCUCAAGAAAAACAAGAAGAAAGAGAAGACGGAGGCAGGAGGGAAAAGAAAAAAAAAAAUGGAAGAAGAAACAAAGCUGUCUUUCUGCCUUGGUUUGAAAAUGAACUGA